AUGAGCGCACUUGCUGAGCCAGCUCACUCACUCCCUCUCGCCAGCACAAGCAGCGCCAACGGCAGCUCCAGUGGAGUGGCGCAGCGGCCCCACACUUCGAGUUCGGACGGCGAUGACCAGGAGCACGACUUCGACGGCGGUCAAGAUUCGUCCGAUAGCGAUGACAGACCAACGCAGGACGGUCCGGGCAACGUUGCGAGCGAUACGGGCGGCGGUGGCGGAUCGAGGGCGGCGAAGAGGAAGAGGAAGAAUGUGUCGCGCGCCUGUGACCGAUGUCGCGAACGCAAGAUUAAAUGUUCCGGCGAUGAGCCGACGUGCAAGGGCUGCGACAAAUCGAAGAAGCAGUGCGUGUACCGUGCGCACGUCGACGGGCGCAUGACAGACAAGAGCGCGAAGCGCAAGUUCCAGACACUGCACAUGCGCAUACGGCAGCUGGAAGCCGAGCUCGCCGAUGCGCUCAAGGUCGCAAACGCUGUGCCAGGGCAGACUACCGAAGGCGGAGACGGAACGCAAUCCGGCGCUGCGGCGGCCGUCUCCGUGUCCCGCGCCGCGCACGCUGCGACAGUUGGCUCCCCGCUGGUCGACACGAAUCUGGCACAUCCGCCGACAACAGCCCCACCUCGAGACUAUGGAGGCUCGGAUCCGUCACUUGCAGAUCGACCGGAUUGUCAACCCUUCGGCACCGGGCGCCUCGUGUUGUCCCAGACUGGCAACCUCCAUCUCUACCCCGCCGCGACAUUCUACUCGCCGGCUUACCUGGCGCCGGACUGGCAGAAGGCACUCGAGGCCCUCGUACCCCGACCGCCGUCACGCCCGGGCUACCUGGCGCCAUACCUCCCCUUCCCGCUCGAUCCGGUGCAUCACCGUCGGCUCAUCGACCUCUGCUUCGACCGCAUGUGGAGCUUCGGUAUGAACGUCGUGGCGGACAAGUUCCUGGACGAGAUGGGGAAGGAUCCCAUGGGUCGUGGAUGGUACUUCUCCCCGAUGGCGCAUCUUGCUGUAUUGGCUGUCGGGUGGCGAUACUUCAAGGAUCCUGCUGUGGGGAUGUACUAUGCGCAGGAGAACGUCGGCGCAAGGGGGAACGCCUUCGCGCAGAAGGCGCUCGAGCGACUCUGGGACGAGGUCGCCGAUCCUCGCCUCAGCACCAUCUUCGCGCUGGUUACGCUUAGCAUCUACUACACCGGUAUGCAGGGCGAGAGUGCCGAGGACAACGUGUCAGGAUGGACGGCGCACUCGAGUUCACCUGUUGCCUCGAGUCUCUACUACUGGAGACUACACCGCCGUUGCGACCAGCAGCUCGCCGAGCUCGGUCUGGGUGUUGACUCGGAGCUAGACAUUGCACGGAGAGAUGUGUACGGUGCAGCGACAAAUCUGUCCUGCUGGUACGCAACAUAUGUGGGGCAGGAUCCCCUACCGCUCCGCGAUCAGGCUGACCAGCGCCUGCCCUUCAUCCGCAAAGACCUCUUCGAUCCUGUCGAGCGCGACAUCUCCGAGAUGUUCCACUACCAUGUUGCGCUCAGUGACCUUGGUCUGCAAGCGCUCCACUGCAACCACACGUUGCGGGCACCUCUGGAACAGCGUGUAGAGCGAGUGCGGCGGGUAUGGAAAGGUCUUGACGCUUGUGUAGCUGACGCGCAGGCGCAAGGACCUGCCCGAGAACCAGCGCUGGCCGCCGCGCGAGGGUCACAAGCUGCACCCCGCGCUGGUCACGAAUCACGGCAUGUUCGCAACGCGCUCAAGGAGUGCCUCUCGUGCGCGGCAGAUGUCGUGGAACAGAGCAAGUACAUCGAGCGCACGUAUGGGAACAUCACGUGUGCCCCGAUGAGCUGGCAGCAGUGA